UCUCUGCGCCGGGAAGAAGCCGGCGUGCGAAGUUGUCUCGGUUGUGUUCUGCCUCGGCGUGGCCCAACACUAUGAAGGAAACGCCGCUCUCCAACUGCGAGCGCCGCUUCCUGCUCCGCGCCAUUGAGGAGAAGAAGCGGCUGGAUGGCAGGCAGACCUAUGAUUACAGGAACAUCAAGAUCACGUUCGGAACGGAUUAUGGAUGCUGUAUUGUAGAACUGGGGAAAACAAGAGUUCUUGGGCAGGUUUCCUGUGAACUUGUGUCUCCAAAACUCAAUAGGGCAACAGAAGGUAUUCUGUUUUUUAACCUUGAGCUUUCUCAGAUGGCUGCUCCAGCUUUCGAACCUGGCAGGCAGUCAGAUCUCUUGGUGAAGCUGAAUCGACUCUUGGAAAGAUGUCUGAGAAAUUCAAAGUGUAUAGACACCGAAUCUCUCUGUGUUGUUGCUGGUGAAAAGGUUUGGCAGAUCCGUGUAGACCUACAUUUAUUAAAUCAUGAUGGAAAUAUUAUUGAUGCUGCCAGCAUCGCUGCAGUUGUAGCCUUGUGUCACUUCCGAAGACCUGAUGUCUCUGUCCAGGGAGAGGAAGUAACAGUGUACACCCCUGAGGAGCGUGACCCUGUGCCUCUGAGCAUCCACCACAUGCCCAUUUGUGUCAGCUUUGCUUUCUUCCAGCAAGGAACAUAUUUAUUGGUGGACCCCAAUGAGCGAGAAGAACGAGUGAUGGAUGGCUUGCUGGUGAUUGCCAUGAAUAAGCAUCGAGAACUUUGUACUAUUCAGUCUAGUGGAGGGAUAAUGCUGCUCAAAGACCAGGUUCUGAGAUGCAGUAAAAUAGCUGGUGUGAAAGUGGCAGAGAUUACAGAGCUGAUCCAGAGAGCUUUGGAAAACGACCAGAAGGCCAGGAAAGAAGGUGGAAAGUUUGGCUUUGCAGAGUCUAUAGCAAAUCAAAGGAUCACAGCAUUUAAAAUGGAGAAGGCCCCCAUCGAUACAUCCAACAUAGAAGAAAAAGCAGACGAAAUUAUUGCAGAAGCAGAACCUCCUACAGAAGUUGUUUCCAAACCUGUGCUGUGGACUCCUGGAACUGCCCAGAUUGGUGAUGGAAUAGAAAACUCCUGGGGUGACCUUGAAGAGUCCGAGAAGGAAGAGGAGGAGGAAGGUAGCAUUGAUGAAGCUGUCAUUCUUGAUGAUACAAAGAUGGACACCGAAGAAGUUUCUGAUAUUGGGAGCCAAGGUGCCCCUAUAGUGCUAUCAGAUAGUGAAGAAGAAGAAAUGAUCAUUUUGGAACCAGAGAAGAAUCCAAAGAAAAUAAGAGCUCAGACCACCAGUGCAAAAGAAAAGGCACCAACUAAAAGUCAAGUGAAGAGGAGGAAAAAGAAGAGAACUGCUAACUAAAAUGGCAUUUUGUAUGUAUGUAUGUAUAUAUAUAUAUAAAACUUAACAAAAGGGUAUUUAUUCAAUGCUAUUUUAUUUGAAAAUCCAUUAUAAAAGCCGAACUUUUUGAUAAAUUGUUCUGUCUUUAACAUUAUGCUUUGAAUAAAUUUUCUGGGCAGCUUUUCUGUUACACAAAAGCGUCCCAGCCCAUUUGUAAGAGUUGAUAAAUAAAAUACUUCCAUAAACUA